CGCGAAACCCGCUGGCUUAAAAAAAAAAAAACUACAAUGGACUUGGCGGGUCGGGACCAGAGGAGGAGGAGCUGGGAGCCGGGGACCAGCAUCCUGAGUGUAGAUCAACUUCUGCGGCAUCCGUUAAGUCUCCAGCUCCCCCUCGGCCGCCGCUGCUCCUUCCAGCCUCCCCGAAAGCAUUAGAGACUCGAUAGCAGCGAGGAGAGGAGAGUUAAACAAGUGAAUGAGAAAAGAGAGAGAACUAAACCCCUGCCUGCCUCCCUCGGUGCCCGCCUGGCUUCUGGGCAGAUCAGCAUCCCCACCUCCAGGGAAACUUUAGCGCCGCGCCGCGAAGGAACGUGCUUUCCCAAUGGGGAGGUGGGGGCCGGGUUUAUGCAAUAAAGCCGCUCUCCUGAGCAUGGUGGGGGAGGCUCCUGCUAAGAGUGGAAGGGGAAGUGUGUGUGGGUCCCCCCACCCCCAAUAGCGCCCUGUGCUAGCGUGUGAGGUCGUUUGCCUGGAGAUUCCCGUGCUGCUGUUUUUAUUUGGAUGUGUGCGGAGGGAGAGGAGCGGGGGAGCUGUUUACUUUUUAGACGAUCGGAGCUCAGGACUGAAGAUCUAGCUCCAUCGGGAGAGUUUUGUCUUAAUGUAUCGCAGCCGGCUGUUGGUGGGUGGAUUUGGUUUACUAGCCCCGGCCGUUCUGGGGGAAGGGAGGGUUAAAAAACGAAACUGAAGAAACAGUUCAUCUCCGCGAAGGGAAUGCCUUCUGCGCUCUCCAGGUGACCUUUUCUGAACAUGCCACCUCUCCAGCUGAUUGGGUUUUAUUUUGAUUCCAAAGUGUGUGAAAUAGAACCCUAAGUUCCCUGCAGACCCAAGCAUGAGGAUGUGCAAUAUGUGGCAGCUCCUGUCACCCUUCCUCCUCAGCCUGGCAGCAGUUUUUUCCAAAGUGACCGAGAGUCGAGGCAUCCUGGAGAGUAUACAGAGAUUUUCUUUGCUGCCAACUUAUCUGCCUGUGAGCUAUCAUAUCCACAAUGCGGACGUUUCCUUCUUUCUUAAGGAAGCCAACCAGGAUAUCAUGAGGAACUCUAGUUUGCAAUCCCGGGUGGAGUCCUUCCUAAUCUAUAAAUCCAAGAGGCCACCUGUAUUAAAUGCCAGCUAUGGACCCUUUUUUGUUGAACAAAUAGUGCCGCAGGACCUAAUGUUGUCUUCAAAUCCAUUUGGAUCCACCAACAAGUUUUCCUUUAAUUGGAAACUCAAAGCCUAUAUCAUGAGCGACAAAAUUUACCUGAGCAAGCCCAAAGUCCAGAUCCUGUUCUAUGUUGUGGGCAGGGACUGGGAUGACUACAGUACCACGGAGAGGCUGCCUUGCCUGCGGGUGUUUGCCUUCCGCGAGACGAGGGAAGUCCGAGGCAGCUGCCGGCUGAAGGGGGAUCUGGGAUUGUGCGUGGCCGAGCUGGAACUCCUGCCGAGCUGGUUUAACCCCCCCACGGUGGUGGCCGGCCGCAAGAAAGCGACGGAUCAGUCUGAAGGGAGCCCUGUGGAACUUUACUACACCAUCCAGCCGGGGGACGAGACCGGGGAGUGCACUAAGGAGGACAUAAGGAAAAGUAAUGGGAUCAGACUGGGAGGCAACGAUAUUGAUGAAUCAGUACCUCCUUUGCAGAGAAUUGGAAGUGUUUUCCUUUACCAGACUUAUAGUGGCCCUUCCUUAAGUGAAAUGAGGUUGGAUAACAAUAUCGCAAUCCAAUAUAUACCAAAGACUGUCAAACAAGGUGAUAUUUUGACUUUCCUUGUGUCUAUUAAUAAAAAUUCAACGGAGGACCUGUUCACACUGAGGGCAAAGGUGAAGAAAGGUGUGAAUAUUUUCAGUGUAAGAGCCAGCAGCCCGUACUUAUGGGACAUUAGAGAGAGCGUGGAUUAUACUGGGAAAUAUGCACCAGCUGUCAUCGUUUGUCAGAGGAAAUCUGCUACCUCGGAAAACAGGGCCGGCAGUCCUUCCUCAGAGAUCAUGCAGAUUGAUUUUGAAAUUGAAGACCUAAGUGAUCAACCUGGGACCCAGCUUAUCACGUGGCAGGUUGAAUAUCCUGGGGAUACGACAUCUGAUCUAGGAGUCUCCAAGAUCUACAUAAGCCAGAAGGAUCUUGUGGGAGUCCUGCCUUUGGCCAUGACUAUCACUUAA